AUGAACGGCAUCAUCGUCGCCGGUAUUAUCGUCGCCGCCGUGAUUGGCCUCGGCGCGUUCACCUGGCUCGGUAUCCGCUGGUACCGCAAACGCGCCGCGGACAAACGCGCAGCCCGUCGCGGAUCCGCGUUCGCGAACUUCAGCCCGGAGGGCGAGAAGGGCUCCGCUUCGAGCGCCGGCCCUCCCGUCCAGGGCAGCACCUUCUCGCGCGACCAGCUGCACCCUGGCGUCGUGAUGCCCGACAAGGCCGUCCUUCGCCCCGAUGCAUCGCGCGAGGAAAUCAUCGAACACUACUCCUCUGCAGGCGCGCUUCCUAGGCCUUUCGCGCCCUUCGCGCCGAGGGCUAGCAUGGACGGCGGCGACGCCGAAGGCGCAGGGGCAGACUUCACUAGCUCCGGACGUCCCAUGUCUACCGCAUCGUGGCUCCCGCCGGGCCUGCUCGCGGGUAACCGCGGCUCGCGCAUCUCCAUCAUGUCGACCAACUCGUCUAUCGGCGGCGCCUCCGGCACGACCCAAAAGAAGGUCCGGCAGGUGUUCGACCCCGUCCUGCCCGACGAACUCGUCAUUGCACUCGGCCAGUCCCUGACGAUCGUGCAAGAGUUUGACGACGGCUGGUGCAUCGUCGGCCGCGACAGCAUGUUCAAGCCCGGCGAAGUCGAGCUCGGUGCUGUUCCCGCGUGGUGCUUCCACAAGGCCGUGAAGGGCCUCCGCGGAGAGCGCCCCAUGCGUAUCUCUAGUCUGGGUGUUACGGUCGACCUCGACGCGCCGACGCCUGCGUUCGGCCAGCGCGAGAACGUCAUGUCCUGGUCUAACUUCUGA